UUCAGGUAUUACUAUAUUUAUUAUACAGGAUUUUCUGUGUUUUACUCAUAGACAACAGGGAUGCAUACAUUUGAUUAGAGGAGAACUGUUUAGUUUAGUUUCCUGAUCUUCUCCAUGAGGUGGACACUGAUGACGACAGACACCAUGAUGAUCAGACCAACAGAGAACACGACUGUCUUCACCAGACAGAUGGAGACACCAUCAGAGAGACCUGCAAACAUGAGAAAACUGUCAGAGCAAAACCACAACAGGUUCAGAUACAUGAACUUUGUCUUAGAUCAUCUCUCCAUUGUAGUUUGACAAACUAUGGGCGUCUUAUAGACAUAGUGUCUCCACAAAGCUAAAGACGCCCCCUGUGGUAAAUGUCUAUAGUAUAAAUAAUUAAACAGGAACUAACAUUUCUCAUUUGCUCUGAGGGAGCAGCUCGUGUACAUCCUUAAAUUGAAUUGCAUGUUUUGAAAUGGAACUUAAAUCUUUCUUAUUGGCUGUUUCUGUGAUAUAUUCAAGUCAAAUUCAAGGGUCCAGUGCUGUGACUGAUGUGUUUGUGAAGAGAGGAGAUGAUGUACUUCUGGAAGUCAUGGAUGAUGUUACAAAGGAAUUUGAUUUCUUUGUCUGGAAAUUUGAUACAAGCAAUGUUUUAGUAGGAUAUUCACCUGGUGGAAAACCAAAAAAUUACACUGGAAGGGUUGAGUUCUCUGUGGAAAAUUACUCAUUGAAAUUAAAGAAUCUACAAGAUGACGACAGUGGAGUUUAUACAGCACUAGCGACAGCGGAUCAACAACAAACAGUAGCUAAAUACAUGGUCACAGUUCAAGGUCCAGUGUCUCCAGUUGAUUUGAAUCCAGACUCUGUGUCCAUCAGCUCAGACUCCUGUAACCUCACUGUGACCUGCAGCACAGAGGACUCACACAUCAACAGCACUUUCAAAUGUGACAAUCAAACCUACUCUCAGGAGGGAGGAGACCAAUCAAAGGUCACCAACUCUGGUGCUUCCCUCCGUGUCCACCUGUUGAAUGACACAAUCAUCUGUAACCAUAGCAACCAAGUCAGCUGGAUGGAAAAUAGGACACAGAUUCAGGAUCUCUGUCCCCUACAUGCUGGACUUGAACAUCCCUUUGGCCCUAUUAGUACAAUCAUCAUGAUAUUUGUUGGUGUCCUUAUGAUGGUUGUUGGAAGUUGUCUCCUUUAUAAGAGAAGAAAACGUGACAGAAAGACCAUAAAAAAUCCAUUGUAUGGACGUUCUGUGCGUUCAGCAGAUCGUGAUUCAGCUCUUUCUCCAUCCUCCACCUACAGCUUGGUCGGGCAAAAUACUGGACCCAGAGGAUCCACUGAGACUAAAACCAACAAUCAGCCAGAGAGUCUCUAUGCAAUGAUAUGAAAGGCUGCCAAGUCCUGAGAGAAACAGGAGAAACAGAAACAGGACAGGACAUACUGUAAAUAUUGUAUAUCAUUGUUAACACAACCCUGUUAACUGGUCCUGACAUGAUCUGGGCUUCACAGUAUUGUACAAACAGUAGAAAUUAAAGUUAGACUGAUGCAUAAACGUAAAAAAGUUAAGUGUAACAAACAGGAUCAUCACUGCAGUGAGGACCUUUUAAAAUAGUUUCCAAAAUGCAAAAACAAUAUGUUGUGUUGACAACAAUGGACAAAAUGAUUGUUCCACUUUGUGCACAAAAGAGUUUACAGCACAUGGAUGUGGGUUUGAAUGAACAAAUCACAUUUGAUAUUUUAU